GAGUCGGUGCCUCACGCUUAAGGUUCCCCCGACCGCAGGUGGCAAGAGCGGGGCUGGGGCAGCGGGUGUCGCUCCAAGGCCUAGCGGGGUUGGAUCUGCGCGCCGGGUCCGACAGGUACCAUUGUGCGGUUUGAAUCAGGAACAAAAUCUUCUGAAAGCUCAGAACAGAAGCCUUUUUUGGUCAACAUGGAGGACAAAAGACAGCGAGCCCGUGUACAGGGAGCCUGGGCUGCCCCUGCUAAGAGCCAGGCCAUUGCUCAGCCAGCUACUACUGCUAAGAACCAGCUCCACCAGAUGCCUGGUCAUACCUGGGGGAACAAAGAGCAUCAUCUGUCUGACAGAGAGUUUGUGUUCAAGGAACCGCAGCAGGUAGUACGUAAGGCCCCAGAGCCACGAGUGAUUGACAGAGAGGGUGUGUAUGAAAUCAGUCUGUCACCCACAGGUGUAUCUAGGGUGCGUUUGUAUCCUGGCUUUGUUGACUUACAAGAAGCCGACUGGAUAUUGGAACAGCUUUGUCGGGAUGUUCCCUGGAAGCAGAGGACCGGCAUCAGACAGGAUAUAACUUAUCAGCAACCAAGACUUACAGCAUGGUAUGGAGAACUUCCUUACACUUAUUCAAGAAUCACUUUGGAACCAAAUCCUCACUGGCAUCCUGUGCUGAGCACACUAAAGAACCGCAUUGAAGAGAACACCGGCCACACCUUUAACUCCUUACUCUGCAACCUUUACCGAAAUGAGAAGGACAGUGUGGACUGGCACAGUGAUGAUGAACCUUCGCUAGGGAGGUGCCCCAUCAUUGCUUCGCUCAGUUUUGGUGCCACACGCACUUUUGAAAUGAGGAAGAAGCCCCCACCAGAAGAGAAUGGAGACUACACAUAUGUGGAAAAAGUGAAGAUACCCUUGGAUCACGGAACCUUGCUAAUCAUGGAAGGAGCUGCACAAGCUGACUGGCAGCAUCGAGUGCCCAAAGAAUACCACUCUAGAGAACCGAGAGUAAACCUAACCUUUCGGACAGUUUAUCCAGACCCUAGAGGAGCGCCCUGGUGAUGGGAAGUCUUUGAGAGAGAAGCUGCACAGAGACUGAGCAAACCUCCCCCGAGAAGAAACCUCAAGAGGCUGGCUCAGCUGAUCUCCUGGUGUGGCUGUUUGGAAGAUAGUGGGAUUUGUUCCCCAGUUUGGAGUCCCAUUAAAUGAGAGCCAGCAGUUUGUGUUGGUAAUAUGUCUAGUGUGGGAACAGUUCUCCCUAAUCACAUCUCAAAAUCGCAUAUUAUCUUUAGGCAAGUUAAAAACUGCUGUGGCCAUGCUCACAAUGAUUUCAUCCAUAAGCAGUUCUUUACCCCUUCCCUUUACUGUCCUCUCCCCAUUUGAAGAAAUGUGAAUGGAUUGCCUCUGGGGAAAAUCUGCACAUGUUCGUUCCUUGUGACUUUAGUGAAGUGGAGAUAUAAAUGUGCGUCAGUGACUCUAGCCUUCCGUAGGCAGACAGCUGCUGAAACCCAAACAAAGGUGGAGUCACGGGGCUUUGUUGAAGUCUGCCUUGACUCCCUAACAUCUUGGCUUUUAUGCUAUUGUAAUAAUAGGAAGCUGCAUAUUCAGGGAGUGUUCUACUUGCCUGUCAGUCUUCCUGGACACAGACAGCUUACGGGCCUCCAAAUAAAGAGUGAAGGCAUAUGCUCUAGUCCAAACACCUUCUAGCAAUCACCUGGACUACUUGUUAUACAAGAGAAAUGAGAAGUACCAGACUGAAAUUGAGGCCGGAGAGCAGCAAGUGCCUGCUAACGACAGCUGUUCCACAUGGAUUAGUUCUCCCUAGAGAAUUACUUGACUCAUUUAAACCCAAGCAGAAAGAAGCGGGAGCAGUCCUUUAGGGAAUAGACUCAAUGACCUAAUAGUUCUCUUCACCUUAGAUUUCAGUCACCCUAUGACUAAGGCUCCCUUCUGACUCAGUGUUCUCUUACAUACAAGUUCCUGAGGUACAGGGGUUAGUCUGUGAUGUCACCAAGGCUCCCAGAACAGAGUGGCUGCGCCUGAUUGCAUCGUAAAAACAUGUGUCUUCUUGAUCUCUUGACCCAAGAUUAGUGUGCCAGAUUAACUCCAAACAUAUGGAAAACCUGAAAGAAAGAAAAUGAAUAUAAAUGGAUGGAAAUAAGGCCAGAGUUGAAUUUCUCUAUCUGCCUGUGGGGAAAAUUUACAGAGCCUCCUUGUUUUUUAUCCUGUUUCCAUUCCAUGCUGUAAGAUUGAUGAUCCUCAUGAUCAUGGUACAGUGCCCAAGGCCGGACAAGCUCUUACUCUGAGCUCAGAUGUAAUGCCAUGCCUGGCCAGGCUCUGUUCUCUGACAAGCUCUCUGGCUCCUUGCAUUGUAUUCCCUAUUUUUUUUUUUUUUUUUUUUUUAACAUGAGUAGAGCUCCUUUCUCUAAGAAAUACUAAAUGCUUUAUAAAAUUUGAGCAUCAUACUAAGCCUUCCUGUGAGCGAGGUACAAAUCACCAUAAAAAUAAAAUAAAACCUCUAUUAAUUAA